CUUAUCAUCAUCUUGAGCCGUCUUUUCUUCAGAUUGAGGGAGGUUGUCUUCAUCUUCUUCAGGGUUUAGGGGUCGAUUCCAAAGUCCAAGCUUUCGAGUUCAAGCAACCAAUUCAUUACUUUGGGAAACCACCAGCAGUAGCCAUGAAGCUCUUCCACAUCGAAGGAAACACCCUUUCUCUCUCCCUUUACACGGACGUCGCUAACUCCAAAGAGCUUCUUGACUUGAUGCAAGCCGGGACAAUUGAACCGGAAGUGGCUUUUCUUAACGCUUCACUUAUCCCAGAUGCUUUCCCUGUUCUAGUGGCUGCUCAUAAAGCUCUGGUGGCUAAGAACAGGGAAUCACUGACUACACGCACUCUUCAUUCUGAGCUUGUUUAUAACUACUCAGGCUCCAAGCAUAUAACGGAAUCCUUUAAGCGAUGUGGAAUCUCCGAGAGUACCACUUAUGUUCUUGUGGCACGUUUUGAUGCCUCCGAGGAUGAGAUGAAAGCCAUUGAAAAACUUAUUAAGGGAGGGAAAGAAAUUGACUUAGACGAACUUCAAGCAAGAGCAAAUCAAGCUCAGAUUCAGAAGCACUACAAAAUAUCUGGACUCGAAUUGGGGAUAUCCUCCGUGGCUGAAGCCAUUGUAAACAGAAUUGCUGCUCGCGAUGCCUUGUGAAUCAGGAACUAACUUAUAUAGAAAUUUGAAGAUAAUUUUAAUGCAGUUGUUUCUGUCUCCGUUUCUUUUUUAUUUUAUAAUUUGGCAAAGUUUCUAUUAAUUCAAACUUUUCUUUGAAUUUUAAUGCAGUUGUUUCUGUCUCA